AUGCGCUUGUCUUUGACAUCUCUGCUUGGAUCAAGUCUGUUGGGAUCACUGUUGGUAUCAGCAGCAUGUACUUCCAACACAACAGAUACAGCUGGACUGCAACAGCUUAUUCAGGCCGGAGGGGAAGGAUAUAAAUUACAACUGUGUGCUGGACAAAUAUACGAGAUUAGUGAACAGCUCAAUUAUACAGCGCUGAAUCAGGAAAUAUCGACUGAGGGAUAUCCAAUAGACGAUACUCGGGCUACGUUGAAAAUGGUUGGAUUUAACAAGACGACUUCUGUCCAAGCUCAAGAUGCAGGUCUCAGCGGAGCAAAAUUGAUGAAUAUACAGAUCAAUGGUAAUAGAUUAGAAAGCGAAGACAUAUAUACUGCUGGAGGAGGCAACAUAGAAUUUGGAGGCCAAAAUCAGAAUCAGAUAAUAGAGCAUGUGAGGAGUUACGAUCCGAGGGGUUGGUCUUGUCUUCAUCUAGCCGAGGGAACAUUCAAUUGCCUCAAUAUAACAGUACAGAACAAUGAUAUUGGACCAUGCGGAAGGGAUUACUUCCAGAAUUGGGCAGAUGGAAUAUCCUUAUCUUGUGCAGAUAGUCUUGUUCAAAAUAACGUUAUAGUAGAUGCUACAGAUGGCGGAAUCGUGGUAUUCGGUGCACCUUCAUCGGUCAUUAGGAAUAACACAAUCAGUGUACAAACUAGGACAAUGCUUGGUGGAAUCAACAUGGUCGACGUUUUACCUUGGUUACCGGAAGGGAAUUUCUCAAAUACACUGGUAGAGGGAAACACUAUUCAUGGUGGAUUUGCUACCGAUAUGGGGAACGCGACUUUUGGGUCAAAUAACGCUUCUGCAAUAAUCAAGAUCGGUAUCGCUGUCGGUCCUGAUGUAUGGUUCUCCGAUGGACGAUACGGUACCAACCAAUCGACUGGAGCCACAAUCAAAGAUAACGUCUUAUCAGGUGCACUUGCAUAUGGCAUGGGAGUAUCCAGUGCUAAAAGUUUCAUAAUCUCAAAUAAUUCUUUCACUGGAAACACCUCAUUCAUCGGUACAUACGGACCUAAUUGUACAACAGGUACCAAAACACCUCAUGAACCAGUAGCAUUAUUACUUGAACCCAGUUCAGUAACAGAUUUAACGUUGACAUUGCCUGAAAAUUCACAAUUCCAAUUUGUCAAUGGAACAGCAUUGGGAUUGACUUGUUUGAUGCCUCCUUCAGGUGACUUUUGGCCAUAUGGUGAUGGUUUCAAUUCUGGUGCUGCCACUUCUUCAGGUUCUGGUGAUGCUACUACCACAAAUACCGCAAGUCCAAGUGCAAGUAGUGGAUCAAGUAGUACUCCCACUCAAGGAUCAAGUAGUUCAGCAUCAAAGUCCAUCUUAAAUGGAUCACCGUCAGGAGUGGUAUUCGCAUUGACAAUUGGAAUGAUUGCCGGUCUGAUUACUGCUAUAUAG